GACACUGAAACCUCGUGCAUACGUUUCAUCGCACGUGGAUUCUACUGGGGUUGCAGUUCAACUUAUGUUGCAACGCCACCUCUGCAGUCGUGCUCGCUUCUGUCAUCCGUUCUCUUUACUUUUAUUUAUUAUCCUUAUUUUGAAUCCUUUCAAAGCUGCAGUAACUUUUAAAAUGGCGGCAGCAACGAAACGCAAACAUGUUUUAGUGAUGACUAUGCCGGCUUUUGGCCACUACAUUCCCGGACUGGAGUUAGCCAAGAAAAUUAUCGAGCACCAUGACGUAACCUUUGUAUUAUCCAUCCAUAAAUUUAAAGAUAUUGAAGAACGUGGUAUCCUGCCACCGGCACCGAUUCAGCUGCACACCUUCGAUGACGGAUUCACCUACAACGUGGACGAACAUAUCGGUGACCUUACGGGUUUUGUCAAGCAACUUUGCGUUUCCAAACCAUAUUACGAAAACUUUAUUAACAGCUUAACCAUUACCGGUGACCAAAAACCAGGGACGUCCGCCAUUGCCCCGGUGGAUGCGAUUUUUUGCGACGCAACCAUGCCGAUGCCCUUUCAAGCGUGCCACAAUCGGGACAUCCUGACGUAUGGAUUUGUACCGUUGUCGGCCAAACUGUUUGCGUCAUACGGAGCUAUCGACGAGAAUACACCGUCUGUUCCGGACGAGGAGUUCUUCAGCGGCACUGAUGAAUCACUUAACCGUGGCGGGAAGAUGGCGGAAAGCUUUAAAAGCUUGGCACUGGACUUCGGCUCUGCGCAGGCCUUGGUGAAGGAAGUACUGUUUAAUUCCUUCGAGGAACUGGAGCCGGAAGCAGUUGUCAUGCUGAAUUCGCUGCCUAAAUUCGCUAAAACACCGGUGGCGUUCAUCGGGCCACUACUACCUGAACAUAAAGAAAAGCCCGAAGACGAGUUUACGAAAAAGAUCCGGAGCUGGCUGGACAAGCAAGGCGAGCGAAGCGUUGUUUAUUUCUCUUUCGGAACAGUGGCUGUUCCAUCGGCCGAACAGCUGGCCGAAGUUGCCGAAGCACUGGUGUCUUUGAAACAACCGUUCAUUUGGUCACUGAGGAGCUACCAGCAGGAUAUGCUACCGCUGAAGUAUAUCCGUUCAACCGUGGAAACCAUGUCCGAUGAGACGCCAUAUUUGAUUUUGCACUGGACCCCACAAAAGCGAAUUUUGGCGCAUAAAUCCACAGGCGUUUACGUCAGCCACUGCGGAUGGAAUAGUACAUUGGAAGCAGUCUCUUAUGGUGUGCCGGUAGUGGCAUGGCCGAUGCUUGGUGACCAACAUAAUAAUGCUGCUCUGAUUGAGCAGUGGGGAAUCGGUCGGUGUGUGCCGGUUGCCGGCAUGAAAUCCCAGACAACUCUGGCUAAAGAUAUUGCUGAUAUUAUUGCCACGGUCGGUGGAUGGAAGGGGUCUCAGGCGGGCGAGAACCCGUUCCUAAGGAAAGCUCAGGAACUCUCCGACAAGGCAAAGAACGCUUCCAGUCCGGACGGAAAAUCCACCAAAAACUUGCUAGAAGUGAUGAAUAAGAUUGCCGACAUGUGAGCUUUUAGAUCUAUGGCGUUUAUUCGUAAGAUGCUGAACACAUUUGAAGAUCAGGGACGGUUAAACCACUGUUACAACUCUGUUUUUAUCUUUACCAGCAUUUACUUUACCCGACCGCUAACCGCUGAUAUCGAAAUUACCUGGAAAAUUUUGCGAAUAAAUACCAUUAGAA